CCAAGGUAACAUGAAGGCGGACGGGGUGGAGAUUCCACGCGCACCACGUCGCGGAUGAUAACUUCUUUCGGUCCACGCCCGAGCCCGUAUCGGCAAUUGCACACCUUGACGUGUGGGUUGGACAAGCCUACUAUGGUGCACUAUGCCUCCGAUCAUUGCUCUAUGUGAAGCUCCCUGCUAUCCACCACACAGCGCCAUGACCAAUGCUAGGUACCCAGGGGCAAAUCCUCGAUUAUAUAGCCCGAACGUCGCCCCAAAUGGUACGGCGGGAAAAACCCUGCCUGUUCAACGUCUUUUGUCAUGCUGACCAUCGCACUUGAGUCGUUUCUGGGCGCUGGCCCGGCCAGAGACGGCCACUCCCUGCACUCACGUGGGGAAGAAGGCUCCGCAGUGAUCAGUCCACUGUCCAAUUUGCAGCAGAAAGGCCUGAUCGUCAUUUCUGCCCUCGCCUUGCUUUCUAUGCUCACGACCUUCUCGCUUCUGAGCUUCAUUACAUAUCGAUUCAUCUUCUGGCGCCAGUACUAUCGGCGAUACAUUGGCUACAAUCAGUAUGUCGUGCUCAUGUUCAACUUGAUUUUGGCCGAUUUCCUGCAGAGUUUCGGGUUCAUCAUGUCUCUCCGCUGGAUUGCGAUCGAUGCGGUGCGAGCGACAGAUGCCGCGUGUUUCCUGCAGGGGGUGGGGCUUCAGAUCGGCGACCCAAUGAGUGGUCUUUUCGUCCUGGCCAUUGCAGUGCACACGUUCCUCCAUGUCUGUCUCAACUAUCAAAUGGAACACCGAGUUUUUGUGAGCAUGGUGAUUGGUCUCUGGGUCUUUGGGGUGGUAAUGACCAUUAUUCCUAUCGCUGCACACGGACGAUACGUGUGGUAUCCUGCGGUGGCCUGGUGCUGGAUGACUCCUGAAUAUGAAAACAUGCGACUUUGGACGCACUACGUCUGGAUCUUCGCCUCCGAAUUCUUCACGGUUUCACUUUACGCAAUCAUGUUCAUCCAACUGCGCCAGAAGAUGUCCGAAGCGGCUGUCCUUGGCGAGCAUAAUUCCGAGAGUCUGCGUCGGCUGAAAAGGGUCAUCAUGCACAUGGCUGUCUAUCCCGUCGUCUACAUUUGCCUGACCCUGCCGUUGGCGGCCGGUCGCAUGGCGUCCGCGGGGGGUCAUUCGCCAAGCGUGCUCUACUUCUGUUUCGCGGGAUCUAUUAUGGCAUGCUCUGGGUUUUGCGAUUCGUUCAUGUAUGUCGUGACCCGCCGAAGUGUGGUGGUGGAAUCCGAGGCGCGGGGAAGCAGCAACAAGCUCUCCAGCAGGCGAAACAAGUCAUCGGCCGCAAACCAAUAUGCCAUGAGCGCGGAUCCGAAGGGACCGACGUCAACGACAAUCACCCGAGGUCGAAGUGAUUCAACCGAGGAGAUGAUUGGCAAAGGGGGCCUUGAGCUGGCACCCAUGGGCGUAGUCAUGCAGCACACGACGAUCGAAGUCACAACGGAGAGCGCAUACGAACCGACUCCUAGCGAUAUAGGCCCCUCAAAGCGACACAGAAAUAGCAUUAUUCGACCCUGAGGCAUAAAUCAACAUGGCGCAUGACUCCCGUGAUUUGGGUAGGCGAUGCGACCGUUGAUGGCAGACUGCCAUUGCGGCAACCAUGCUUGCAGUUAUACAUCACAUCCCCAUCCCCAUCCUGUCCCAUUCGAAGAAUGACUUCCCACCACCAUCCGCCAUUCCAACCGUUCGGGCUCGGUUAAAACCACCUACUACGGUCGCAAUCGGUCGACGCAGGGCCUCUUGCCUAACUGGGGCUCAAAUAUCUUGACCUGACUCCAAGUUCG